CGCUCCUACAACCCACACACCCACCUCCAUCACCACCGCCACCCUCUCCACGGACCUCACAUCUUAUGCAUCUCAGCGCCGGGCUGUUCUCUCGGAGAGACGGAGGGGGAGUCCUGCACGGAGCCAUUUUCUCAGAGGAGCCCCUGGAACGUGCAUGGGAAGAGGAUGCAUUGUGGGCUGCUGGAAGAGCCUGACAUGGAUUCCACAGAGAGCUGGAUUGAAAGAUGUCUGAACGAAAGCGAGAGCAAGCGGUUCUCCAGCCCCUCUUCUAUUGGAAAUAUGUCCAACGACGAAAGUAAGUCUAGCGAAUCGAACUGUGUUUUCAUCAGGUUGGAGGAGAACUAUGAGAUCGCAGAGGGUGUUUGUAUUCCUCGCAGUGCACUGUACAUGCAUUAUUUGGACUUCUGCGAGAAACUUGAUUCUCAGCCGGUCAAUGCUGCAAGCUUCGGGAAGAUAAUAAGACAACAGUUUCCUCAGUUAACCACACGGAGACUAGGAACCAGAGGCCAGUCAAAGUAUCACUACUAUGGAAUCGCUGUGAAAGAGAGCUCUCAGUUCUACGAUGUGAUGUACUCUAAAAAGGGCGCUGCGUGGGUGAACGAGACGGGCAAGAAAGUAGUCACCAAACAGACAGUGGCGUAUUCACCGCGCUCCAAGCUGGGCACUCUCCUGCCAGAAUUUCCAAAUGUCAAAGACUUAAAUCUGCCUGCCAGUCUGCCAGAGGAGAAGGUCUCAACCUUUAUCAUGAUGUACAGAACUCACUGCCAGAGGAUACUGGAUACAGUCAUACGAGCCAACUUUGAUGAGGUCCAGAGCUUCCUGUUGCACUUUUGGCAGGGCAUGCCGCCACACAUGCUCCCUGUCCUGGGCUCCUCUACAGUGGUGAACAUAGUUGGUGUGUGUGACUCCAUAUUGUACAAGGCCAUCUCAGGGGUCCUCAUGCCCACCGUCCUACAGGCUCUGCCUGACAGCCUCACUCAGGUGAUCAGGAAGUUUGCCAAGCAGCUGGACGAGUGGCUGAAGGUGGCAUUACAUGACCUGCCUGAGAACUUGCGCAACAUAAAGUUUGAAUUGUCAAGAAGAUUUUCCCAGAUACUUAAACGACAGACAUCAUUAAACCAUCUCUGUCAGGCUUCUCGAACUGUGAUCCACAGUGCAGACAUCACCUUUCAGAUGCUUGAGGAUUGGAGGAACGUAGACCUUAACAGCAUCACUAAACAGACUCUUUAUACAAUGGAAGACUCCAGAGAGGACCAGAGAAGACUUAUCAUCCAAUUGUAUCAAGAAUUUGACAGACAGCUAGAGGACCAGUCACCCAUUGAAGCCUACAUCGAGUGGCUGGACUCUAUGGUGGAGAGAUGUGUCGUGAGGGUGGCGGGGAAGAGACCCGGAUGUCUGAAGAGGGUAGCUCAGCAGUUCCUGCUCAUGUGGUCGUGUUUCGGGACCAGAGUUAUCCGGGAUAUGACGCUGCAUAGUGCACCCAGCUUCGGCUCAUUCCAUCUGAUCCACCUCAUGUUUGAUGACUACGUACUAUACCUGCUUGAGUCUCUGCACUGCCAAGAGAGAGCCAAUGAACUGAUGAGGGCUAUGAAAGGAGAGGGGACACCAGCAGAUUCUGGGGAAGAGCUGAUGCUCAUGGGUUCCACACCCACAUCUACGUCACCUGGACCCUUCUCUCCUGCCAAGUCUGUUCACUCAGUGGGUGUGCCAGCAGUAGGUUCCCCCAAUUCAGCCCAGUCUCCAGAGUACACAGGCAUAUCAGCUACCACAGGAGCUGUUCAGUCAUAUACCUGGUCCCUUACAUACACAAUGACAGCCUCAGGUGGCAGCCCACCCGAGACCGGAUCCCAGCUUUCCUGCAUGAGAGGCGGACCCCCUCUAUAUGGCUCCUCAUCUACCCACAGGAUGCCAGUUUACCCACAUCGGGAUGAGCAUGGCUAUAAUUACAACAGCUACGCAAACCAGCACCAUCAUGCUAUCCAAAGUCAGUACUCCAGUUUAACCCACGAACCAGGGCUGCCCACCCCUCUGCAUUAUUCCUCAUACCACCGGACCUCCGCACAGUAUCCACAGAUGUCCAGAAUGGAGUCCUGUUUGAUGAGUGGGUCUCCGCUUCUACAUUCGAGUGCGGUGACCCCCCGAUGGCCGGAUGUGCCCUCGGCCAACAGCUGUUACUCCAGCCCCACUGUCCACACGUCACGCUACCCCACCGGAGACAUGUACUCCCCUCUCGCCCCACGCAGGAACUCUGAAUAUGAGCAUGCACAACAUUUUCCAGGAUUUGCCUAUAUUAAUGGGGAGGCAACGACUGGGUGGGCAAAAUGAUUGUACCCUUCCGAGAGUCUCCGUCCAAGAGACGAUGUCUGCAUGUGCAAAGCUGUGUGCAAAGCUGGACAGAUAAACCAGCGGCAGCCCAUAUUUAACAUAAUUACAAAGAAUGUAUUUGAGUGGGAAUGAUGUGUCAGAGAUGUUUUUAUUGGUAUGGUCAGUGUUUACAGUGCAAGCUGCCAAUGAAACUCUUUUUGAAUUGCAAUCAUUGUGAGAGUGCAAAAAGGCAGUGUCCCAGUUGUGCCUUUCCCUGCCUGUUUCUCAUUUAUCUCUCAUGAGCAUUAUAGGCCACUCAUUAAUUUACUGUGCAAAAACUUUGGUUGCUGCUGAGUUUGUUUCAACGUAAAUAUGUACGCAUCUCACGGUGUUCUGUUACCACAGACUGGGUGUUUGACGUCAGUGAUGUUAAUGACACCACAGUGGUGUUUUUUUUUGUCAACAUCAAAGUGUGCUAUUUUCCUAGCAUAAACACAACACAUUCUCAGAACCAGGAAGAAAUGCCUUAAUAUUUUAUCUCAGAACGCCCUCUUGGUCAGCUGCCAGAAUACGUACGUCAUAGGAGUUCAAACAAAUAAAGGCCUCUCAUGUCAGUACUUAUCGCAUGCGAACGUAAAAAUAAGAUUUCUCAUUUUACACAAAUGCAGAAUUACUCCAGUGUGAGGCUGGGGGAAUAUUAGAAAUCUUUUCUGUAGCUUUGUAACAUUGUGUCCCUUUGCAUUGUUUAUCUGUGUUUGAACUGUAUAUCCAGUUUUGUAUGAUGUUAAGAACCGAAAAGUGUUAACCUAGGUUUGUGUGUUCUUGAAUGCACUCAAAGGUACUGUGGACCUAUUACCCUAUGGGUAGGAAUAAAAAGGAAAGAAUAUGAAAAUGUAACAUUUAUUAUCUUUAGUCACUUUCUCUUGUAAAUAAAAGCACUCAGUAACUUCUGUGAUGACAGCUGUUACCAUGUAAAUGAUAUAUGUGGACUUAUUUGUUGCCACAU